AUGGCAUUAAUUCCGCCUGUCACUCGCCUUACAUCCUCCAUAAUACGUAUACUAGGAUGUAAUCCGAGUGUUAUGACGUUGCAAGGCACCAACACCUAUCUGCUUGGAAAUGGAAAAAAACGGAUACUGAUUGAUACCGGAGAUGAAGAUGUUCCUCAGUACAUAGAACACUUGAACGAUGUCCUUCGCAAGGAGCAGGCCUCUAUUGCCACUAUCAUCCUCACUCACUGGCACCAUGACCACGUCGGUGGUGUUAAGGAUAUUGUGGGCAGCAGUCUGGCAGACAAUGACUGUCAAGUGUUUAAGUUUCGUCGCACCGAUGCAAGUGAUGCCUGCCCAGAGAUCCCAACUCACAUACAAUUGCAACCCCUUUCUAACAACCAAGAGUUUUCAGUAGAAGGAGCCAAUAUGCGUGUUGUACACACUCCAGGACACACCACGGAUCAUAUUACAAUAGCGAUGGACGAAGGAACGCUCUUUAGUGGGGACUGCAUUUUAGGCGAGGGUACUGCCGUCUUUGAGGAUCUGUACGAGUACAUGAAAAGCUUGGAUACAAUUUUAAAAAUCCAACCACUGCGUAUCUUUCCGGGUCAUGGCAAUGUCAUCGAUGAGCCCGUUCCCAAAAUUGAGUACUACAUAAAUCAUCGCAACAAUCGUGAACAGCAGAUAUUCCAGUUUUUUACACAACGCCCCAAUGAGCGUUGGCAAUCAAUGGAUGUAGUGCGGGAGGUUUACAAAGAAACCCCUGAGGAGCUGUGGCCCGCUGCGGCCUAUAACGUAAGCCACCAUCUUCAAAAGUUGCAAAAAGAGAGCAAAUUGGUGCUCAAGGAGUUGGAUGAGGAACAAUUUUAUGUUUAUAAUCCAAAAAGCUUGCUCUAGAUCUACCAAAUACAGCUUUCUU